AAAAAUCUUCUCAAAAUUUCUCCGACCUCUAGGCCUUAUCCAGAAGUGGCAAGGUUACCAUAGCCGGAAAAAGCAGCAGAUUCUCCACUCUCUUAGGAAUCUCCCAAAAUUUACUUCUUUUUACCGUUAAGUUCCUUUGCCGCCAAAAUCGUCAACCGUCUGAUCUAGAACCUCUUAAAUCUGUGGGGUCCGUCCAUGUUAUGGACCCCACGAAUAUGAUUCCAAAAGGGAAAGAAAAUCAGCCCUCUUCCUCCUAUCACAUAUCCCACUUGUCAUCCCCAGCGUCCGUUCGGGGCCCCAAGUCUUCUCGACUUUCAAGUCCACCUCAAGAAAUUGGGCCAAUCUUGCUUUGAGAAAGUGGUAUUUCUUGAAAAAUCCUGAUCUGGGUCCAACUCAGUCUUCUUCUUCUUCUUCUUCUCUUUGUUUUCGGUCGUCUGUGUUUUAGAACUUGUGGGUGUUCUUGUUAUUGUUGUUUCUUCAUCUUGUAUUGUGCUUUUGGACCUGUGGCUGUGGGUGUGUUUUCUUUUCUGAGAAUUGGGUGUGGGAAGUAGGAAGUUGGAGAUCGAUGAGGGGUUCAGGAAUGAAUUUGAUUACCGCUGUUAUUGGGUUUGGGAUGAGUGCAACAUUUAUUGUCUUUGUCUGCACAAGAAUAAUCUGUGGGAGGCUCCGCAGGGCGGAAUCACGGCCCAUGUUCGAGAUUGAAUCAAGGAUUGAUCUUGAACAGCCAGAACCUGGGGUUAGAGGCCUUGAACCAGUUCUGGUUGCUGCGAUCCCUACCAUGAAAUUCAACCAUGAAGCUUUCAGUUCUAUGGAAGAUCCACAGUGCUCAAUAUGUUUGGCAGAGUACCAAGAGAAAGAAGUAUUACGAAUAAUGCCCAAAUGCGGCCACAAUUUUCAUCUCUCUUGCAUUGAUGUGUGGCUCAGAAGACAGUCUACUUGUCCUGUCUGUCGUCUACCAUUACAAGACUCUUUUGGAACAAAACAUGUAAGACCACCUGUGUUUAGCAUCACUCAAUCUUUUGAUGAUUCUGAGGUCUCAAUGGAUCAUUCCCAUCUGUGGCUGCUACCUGGCCCUCAGCGUUCAGUAGGGAAUGAAAGUAACCAAGGGAAUGUUGAGCCUGUUCUUGUGAACACCCCAGAGCCAACACUUUCUGGAGAAGCAGAAAGAAGACAAUGAUGAAAGCAACUUAAAUUUAUUGUGCUCCAGAUCGUAAUGUGUCUCUGCUUCUAGCAAGCCAUGUUUUUUCUUGUAUAUACAGUGGGUGAGAAGCUUUUAGGUUUUGAGGCAUUACAUGAUUGGAGAUUUUUUAUUCCUAUAUUUACAGAAAUUUCCUAUCCUCUGUUGCAUGGCUCAGACUCAAUUACUUGGACUUGUGGUGAAGAAAAUCCUCAAAAUUCUAAGAAGUAUCAGAUGAAGUUCAAUCGAUA